CAUGACACUGCGACAAACCCUCCUCCUCCUACUUGUCUUCCAUGCCUCGCUCGCUUUUGGCGAGCCGUUUCCGCCCCCAGCCCCUGCGUCGCCUGAGCCAAAAGACUGUCCUGCCAAGUGCGGGGAAAUAGACAUCCCCUACCCAUUCGGCGUCGGCGCUGGAUGCUCCCUGUCGGGCCGCUUCGUCCUCACCUGCAACGAGAUGACGAGUCCUCCAACCCUGCUCACCGGCACAGUCAAGGUCGCCAGCAUCACGCUGGAGACGGCGCAGAUGGUGGUCAACACCUACCUGACCUAUAGCUGCGAUGUGCCGACCAGCAACACUACGAUCAACCACACGAGCACCGAUAUGGCCCUUAACGUCGUCACCCCGUUCCUGCUCUCGCCAUCCGAGAACGUGUUCACGGCCGUCGGGUGCAGCUCGACGGCGAGGAUCAAGGGCCGCGGCGCGAGCCCCUACCUCACUGGCUGCAUCACGACCUGCGCCAGGGUGAAAGACACCGGUGACGACGGCACACCCUGCAGCGGGCACGGCUGCUGCCAGGCCUCGCUGACUCCUAACCUCACCCAAGUCAGCGUGGAGUGGGAGAACAGGGGAGGCAGAAGUCCUGUGGCUGAAAACCUGUGCCAGUAUGCUUUCGUCGCUACCAAAGGCUGGUACAGUUUCAGAAAAAAUGACCUGAUUGGGAAUAUGACAUUCGCCAAUAGACUUGGAAGCGGCCCUGUUGUUCCAGUUGUUCUUGACUGGGCAGUUAGGGAUGGAACAUGCCCCCCGACUCUGGAGGGUAACGGCAAGGAAAUUGUUCCUAACGGUGCCGCCUGUGUUAGCAGUGAAAGCUAUUGUGUAAAUGCAAGUCAUGGAGCACCGGGCUAUUUCUGCAAUUGCUCCAAGGGAUACACCGGUAAUCCAUACAAAAAAAAUGGGUGCACAAAUAUUGAUGAGUGCGCAUUACGACGAUCACCAAAUUCCACAAUGUACAAGAAUAUCUAUCCUUGCCGUGGAGGGACAUGCCACGAUACCGAAGGUGAUUAUGAGUGUAAGUGUAAUUUCGGACGAAGAGGAGACGGCAAGAGUGACAAAGGUUGUGAACCCGUAUUGUCCAGACCUGCAGUUGCAGUGAUAGGAACAAUUGGCGCAAUCGCAUUACUGUUCGUGCUAGUAAUAUUUUUGCACAUGGAGCGAGAGAACAGGAAGCUGAGGGACCGAUUCAACAGGAACGGCGGGUCGUUCCUCAAGAGCGCCGGGAUCGAGAUCUUUACCAAGGACAAGCUGGGUCGCAUCACAAACAAGUACAGCUGCAUCAUUGGCAAAGGUGCCUUCGGUAAGGUCUACAAGGGGACCACCGACACCGGUGUUGUUGUUGCUGUGAAGCGCUCCAUCAUCGUCAACGAGGACCGGCAGAAGGAUUUCGCGAAUGAGAUCACGGUCCAAUCCAAGAUCAGCCACCCAAACCUGGUCCGGCUCGUGGGUUGCUGCCUGGAGACGGAGGUGCCCAUGUUGGUCUACGAGUUCGUCCCCAGAGGGAGCCUUCAGGACGUGCUUCACGGAAACAACCACCCUCUCCCACUGGAAACACGCCUCGACAUUGCUAUCAGCUCCUCUGAGGGGCUCGAUUACAUGCACUCGCAGAGCCAGAUGGUCCUCCACGGUGAUGUCAAAUCUGGCAACAUCCUCAUCGACGACAGCUUCACGCCCAAGGUGUCGGACUUUGGGACGUCCAGGCUCAUGUGCAUCGACAAGGACCACACCAACUGGGUGGUCGGGGACAGCAGCUACAUUGACCCCGUGUACAUGAAGACCGGGCUGCUCACCGCUAAGAGCGACGUGUACAGCUUUGGUAUCGUGCUACUGGAGCUCGUUACCCGAAAGAAGGCUAGGUACAGGGAGAAUCGUAGCCUUCCGAUGGACUACGUCAAGGCUUCCAAGGAUGGCACGGCAAGGCAGCUGUUUGAUGAGGAGGUUUCAUCCAAUGUUGAGGAGAACAUGGAGUGCCUCGAGGACGUUGGCAAGAUUGCAGUGCAAUGUCUCGAGGAAGACGUGAAUAACAGGCCUACCAUGGGAGAAGUCAGGAAGGAACUUGAAAAGUGUAAGACACAAUGGUUGCGAAGCCAGGGGAGGGCAAAUGAGGUAAUCCCCUAGUAUCUUGUACUAGUCAAGUAUAGCCAAUUUCUUUUCGUUGAUGUAGUCUACUGCAGUUAUGACUUGAAUAUGUUUUCUCCAGUGUGUGAUGUACAUGUGCUUGCUAUGCAAUUGCAAUAAUUUAUAGUGUGUGACUAAGGCUCAGUUUAAUUACGGUUGCG